AGUCACGUAAUCUGUUCCGACCCGUACCUCCCCACCGGGUACCCACAAUCGCAGUCUAAACUCAUAGGCUUCAGGUUUCCACACCACCACCUAGCCGCCUCCCAAUCAGCGAGCCAUGGCGGCCCUAAUACGCCGACAAACAUCGAACCUCCGUCUCUGGACCAACCCCCACCGCUUCCACACCUCAACCGCACCGCUAAUCAAGGACACCGGUCUCUACGGCUUCGACCAUCUCAAGACCGCCAACGGCUUUCGUCGUUUCGUCGACGAAGCAAUAGAGCGGUCUGGUGAGCUUGUCAAUUACGUUUCUGGAAUGCCAUCGUCUAGAGAAAUUAUACGGGCCAUGGACGAAAUAUCAGACACAGUUUGUUCAGUUGUCGACUCCGCGGAACUAUGUAGGCAUACCCACCCGGACAGGGAAUUUGUUGAGGAGGCCAACAAGGCGUCGCUGAGGAUCAACGAAUAUAUACAUUAUCUUAAUACGAAUCAUGCACUAUAUAAAGCGGUGAUAAAAGCAGGGAAAGAUGGAAGGUCGAUUAGUGAAGAAGCUCAAAGGGCAGCCCAUUCGCUCCGCAUUGACUUUGAGAAGGGUGGAAUUCAUCUCGGUGCCGAUAAACUGGAGCGAGUUAAUCAGCUGCAGAUAGACAGUUCUCAUUUGUGUAGGGAGUUCAAUGAAAAUAUCACCACUGACCCAGGUUAUGUGGAUAUAUUUCCGGCAUCACGUAUUCCAAAAUUGUUGCACCAUCUUGUUAAGCCCAUUUACCGUUCCACAUCCAGUGCAUCUGGGGAAUCAUCAAAGUCAAGAGGUAACAUGAAGGAAAAAGGAUUCCGGAUCAUAACAGAGCCGAGUACUUUGUCAUCUGUUCUACAAUGGGCAUCAGAUUCUGAGGUUAGGAAGAUGGCAUAUGUGAAAGGAAAUUCUGUCCCAUCAGCAAACAUUGGUGUUCUUGAUAAGCUUAUUGCUACCCGUCACGAGAUUGCUCAGAUAAUGGGUUACAAGUCUUAUUCUGAAUUUGCCGUGCAUCCAAAUAUGGCUUCAUCCCCCGAGGUUGUAAUGUCCUUUUUGCUUGAGAUGAGUGAAAUGGUCAGGCCCGCGGCUGAUAAGGAACUUAAGGGGAUUUCGGAUUUUAAAAGAGAGAAGAGUGGCCAAACAAAUGGUGACCUAGAGCCGUGGGACGAAGCAUACUUCACAGGGUUGAUGAAGUCUUCUGCUUACGACUUGGACUCUCUAGUUGUAGCAUCAUAUUUUCCUUUGCCGCAAUGUAUAGAGGGCUUAAAGGUGCUGGUUAAGUUAUUAUUUGGUGUGACAUUUCAGAGUGUCCCUUUAGCACCUGGGGAGUCAUGGCAUCCAGAUGUGCUCAAAAUGUCCCUUUAUCACCCUGAAGAGGGUGACUUGGGGUACUUGUACCUUGAUUUGAACUCAAGAACGGGCAAGUAUCCUGGUUGUGCUCAUUUUGCCAUUAAAGGGGGGCGCCACAUCUCUGAUUCAGAAUACCAACUACCAGUUGUGGCGCUAGUGUGCAAUUUUGCGGGUUCACGUAAUUCGGUGACUGUGAGGCUUAAUCACUGGGAAGUAGAAACUCUUUUUCAUGAAUUUGGACAUGCUCUUCACUCAUUGCUCUCACGAACGGAUUACCAACACUUUUCAGGUACAAGGGUGGCUAUUGAUUUGGCUGAAACACCUUCAAACCUCUUUGAAUACUUUGCUUGGGAUUAUCGCGUCUUGAAGACUUUUGCGCGACACUAUUCCACUGGUGAAAUAAUACCUGAGAAACUGGUAGAGUCAAUGCGGGGAGCCAAAAAGAUGUUUGCAGCAACUGAGUUGCAACGCCAGGUUUUUUAUGCCAUAAUGGACCAAACACUUUUCGGGGAACAGCCGUCCUCACCCAUCGAUACAAUUGCUACUGUUGCAGAUUUGAAAAGACAACAUACCAGUUGGAAGCAUGUUGAGGGUACACAUUGGCACACCCGCUUUAAUCAUCUUCUAAAUUAUGGAGCAGGUUACUAUAGCUACUUGUAUGCCAAGUGCUUUGCUGCGACUAUAUGGCACAAGAUGUUUAAGGAUGAUCCUCUAUCACCAGCCAAAGGAUCUGCUUUUAGAAGAAGAUUCUUGCAACAUGGUGGAGCCAAAGACCCCGCAUUCUUGUUGAAGGAUCUUGUGGGAGAUGGUAUUCUAAGGUACCGUGAUGGUGGAAUAGUUCCUGAUACUACAUCCCUUUAUUGUGAAAUGGGUCUGGUGGAAGAUUAGCAAAAGCUGCUGCCCGUUCAAGUGAUUGUAUGGAAUAGGAAACAUGGGAUGGAAACAGAAGCAACUGCUGCCAGUGGCUGCUGCUCGAAGAACUGGAAAAAGCAGAUGCCAAGUCAUGACAUUGGCGUUGGUAGAUAUCAAUUGGUGUUGCUGAGAUACGGGUGCCAUCUGGUGAUUAAGUUGAUGAGUGCAACUUUUCAGUAGUCAUUUGUAACCGUUUUGAGUUGAAAUAGUUUAGCAGAGCAUGCAAUGUCGUUUGUGCUAGUAGGGGCUCAUUGGGGAUCAUCCUGAGAGCUACAACAGUGCACUGCUCAUUCAAAAAUAAACAAGACAGAAAACCUGAGAGCUACAACAGUGCACUGCUCAUUCAAAAACAAACAAGACAGAAAAAGAUUGCUUCUCAAUUUCUCGAUUUUGCUAUUAGAGUCGAGGCCUGUAUCUUUAUUACUACAUUUGUUGCAUUUUAGUUGCAACAAUUUUUGGCAAGUUUUUCCCAUCCCC